UGAAUGAAAGGUCCAACUUCAAAUUCGUCCAUUCCAUUUCCCAAACCAAAAGAUAAAAGAUUUUCAAAUUCCAGAGAAAAAUCAAGCUCGGUUUCUGCAAAGCUCAUCCCUCUCUCUUUCUCUCUGAAUGUGAGAACGAGAGCCAUUAUGUUCCUCCUCCGACCCAUCUCCCUCAUUUCCCUUCUCCUUUUCUCCCAUUCUUCACUCACCGUCUCUGCCCUCACUGCCAUUCCCAUCUUAGAAAACUCUGGUGGGGUUGAGGUUUUUCAAUUGUCGGAGCCAUGGAGGACUGGAAGAAGCCUUACGGAGCAGGACCCUGCUGUGAAUUCGUCUCUGAUUUUGGCCGAAGCCAGGACUCAGAGGAAAGACCCCCUCGAUAACUUCAAACCCUAUGUGGGUGGAUGGAAUAUCAGCAAUGAACAUUACUGGGCUUCUGUUGCUCUUACUGCUAUUCCAUUCGUUGUCAUUGCUAUUGCUUGGUUUGUGCUCUUUGGGAUAUGCUUGUUCAUCACCUGUCUUUGUUGUUGCUGUUGUCGGAGGGAGCCUUACGGCUAUUCUCGGACGGCCUAUGCCCUCUCUCUCGCUUUCCUCAUAUUCUUCACCAUCUCAGCAAUUGUAGGAUGUGUCAUUUUAUAUGUUGGUCAAGGGAAGUUUCAUAGCCGUACGUUGAGCACAUUGGACUAUAUAGUAGACCAGGCAGAUGGAACUGCUGAAAACCUAAAAAAUUUGUCAGCAUAUCUUUCUUCAGCGAAGUCUAUCGGAGUCGAUUCGAUAUUUCUGUCUGCAGACAUCCAGAAAGGAAUUGACAAUAUUGGUACAAAGAUAAAUUCUGUUUCUUCCACUCUUACUAAUGCAGCUUCUGACAACUCAGGCACGAUACAAAAAGGCCUAGAUGAAAACCGACUCAUCCUCAUUAUUCUUGCUGCUGUUAUGCUCUUGUUGGCAUUUAUUGGAUUCUUAUGUUCCAUCUUUGGAUUGCAGUGUGUCGUAUACACCUUGGUAAUAUUUGGUUGGAUUCUCGUUACGGUCACAUUCUUUCUGUGUGGCGUGUUUCUUCUUCUUCACAAUGUGGUCGGAGAUACAUGUGUUGCAAUGGAAGAUUGGCUACAGAAUCCCACUGCCCACACGGCAUUAGACGAUAUCCUUCCAUGCGUCGACAAUGCCACUGCCAAAGAAAUUCAGUCAGUAACCAAAAAUGUGAGUUUCCAACUUGUUAGUUUGGUCAAUGGAGUGAUCAACACAGUCUCAAAUGUCAACCCCCCUCCAAAUAUCGGCCCUCCUGUGAAUUACAAUCAAUCUGGCCCAUUGGUGCCACUUCUUUGUAGUCCGUUUCAUUCCAAUCUGACCGAUCGACCCUGCUCGGCAAAGGAAUUACAGCUGAACAAAGCUCCUGAGGUUUGGAGGGAUUUCACUUGUCAAGUAUCAGCCUCUAGCAUUUGCACCACCACUGGUCGGUUGACUCCAGCUUUCUACAACCAAAUGACAGCAGCAGCAAACGUGAGCUAUGGUUUGUAUCGCUAUGGACCGUUCUUGGUUGAACUCGUAGACUGUACAUUCGUUCGACAAGUGUUUACGGAUAUCAGUAACAACCAUUGCCCUGGCCUCCGACUAUACAUGAAAUGGAUAUAUGUUGGGUUGGUUUUGGUGUCUGGUGCUGUCAUGCUCUCCCUGAUCUUCUGGAUUAUAUAUGCAAGAGAGCGACGACAUCGUGUUUAUACAAAGCAGUUUGUUUCCAAAGCUCCAGAAGGACAAGACAAGGGCAGCUAGAUAUCAAUCCCAUAUGCAUUACACUAAACACUCGGCGUUUUUUGUCUUUCCAUGUACAUUAUUCUAUUACAUGACCAGCUUAAGAGUUCCAUUUAUUUGAUGUGAUUUUAAUGGGGUCACCUUUCUCUUGAUGAACAAACAUUGUUGUGAUUUUAAUGGGGUCACGUGUGAUGUUCUAUUUUAGGGGCAUAUUUUGUUUGAUAUAUUUAAAUAAUAUUAUGUUUAAUUAAAG